UGGCAAGUGACAAUUCCAAAGCCUUCUUAAAACAACCGUGACAUUGAGUUUAGAACUGUCUACUCAUUCCAUUCCAAUUCCGAUUCCUAAUAAAGAAACCGAACGGACAUCAUCAUCCCCAAUUGAGAUGCAAUUCUGCUAAUUUCCAUCAACAAAAAUCAAAUCUUUCAUCAAAUUCCAGUCAAUAUGGAAGAACAAAUGUGUAUUGAUUGCCUUGAACAUCGAAUUCAAUCAGAUUUCUCCGAAAAGCUCAUAUUCUCUUAUGCAAUUUCUGAUUCUCCUCUUCCCUUUGCUUCUAGGGCUGUUGUUCAGAUGCCCAAUUCAAAUGGAGAUGUAUCUUCCGAAUUUAUGCUGGUUUAUUUACCUCGGAAUGAAAAUGAUUGCAUCACUAGAUACGUGGAUGAUCUUGUUGUGGAUGAUGAUGAAUGCAUAGAAAGUCCUGGGAAUACAAACCAAAAUAAAGAAGUAUAUAGUUUGGAUGAAGAUGAAUGCAUCGAAGAUCAUCGGAAUGAUAAUCGAAGUGUAAAUGAAGAUGUCUGCAGCAGCAGCAGCUUUACGUUGGUUUCUUCACGGAAAAACUGCAGGUCUUUGUUAAAUCAUGGAAGAAAGAUGGGCACAUUGUGUCCUUAUUUUGAGAAAUGUUCUUGUUUCUAUUCUAGUAGAUUAUCUUGCUUGAGAACUAUUACUGCUCUUGCACCAUGCACUUUUGUUGGAAAUUGCACAUUUUCAGCAAUUGAGAAUAUUGCCUCCAAUCAAUCAUCUGGAAUCUUGGAAGAUGAUGUAUUGUAUUCGCUCAGUGUCCUGAUUGACGGGAAAGCAUCAUGUCAUGCUAGUCAAAACUUUCUUGGCUUAAUUGGAAUCCCUUCAUUUUGUGAUGAGCAUGUCCCUGGUUGCUUGAGGCAUCCAAAUCUGAUCCCUGUGUUGGGCAUGCUGAAGGCCCCUGGUUUUAUCACUUUAGUUUACCCCAAGGUUCCUUGUACAUUGGAAAAUAUUCUCCAUUACAGCCCUGAAGCAUUGGCUUCAGAGUGGCACACAAGAUUUCUGAUUUAUCAGCUUCUCUCCGCCCUCAGUUAUAUUCAUGGUUUAGGGCUUUCCCAUGGAAAUAUUUCUCCUUCCAUGGUGAUGUUGUCUAAUUCUUCAUGGGCUUGGUUAAGCAUAUGUGAUACACCUCAUGUACAGUAUGUAUCAAGUGGAAAAGAUGAACAAUCUUUGGUUCCACCAUUUACAAAAAAAAGUUGUUCUAAUAACAAUUGUCUUUCUCAAAGUAUGUAUGCUGAUCUGAAUCUUUCCUGGUCAGUGGAUUGGCCCACGGCUUUCAAUAAGUGGUGGCGGGGAGAGCUCAGUAACUUUGAAUAUUUACUUGUCUUAAACAAACUAGCUGGAAGAAGAUGGGGAGAUCACACAUUUCAUACAGUAAUGCCAUGGGUAAUAGAUUUCAGUGUUAAACCUGAUGAAAAUUCCGAAUUAGGAUGGAGAGAUUUAAGCAAAAGUAAGUGGCGUUUGGCAAAAGGUGAUGAACAGUUGGAUUUUACAUAUUCAACAUCUGAAAUUCCUCAUCAUGUCUCUGAUGAGUGCCUUUCUGAAUUGGCUGUUUGCAGCUACAAAGCAAGGAGAUUACCCCUUAGUGUACUGCGCAUGACUGUACGUUCUGUCUAUGAACCUAAUGAGUAUCCUUCCACCAUGCAAAGACUAUACCAAUGGACUCCUGAUGAGUGCAUUCCAGAGUUCUAUUGUGAUAAACAAAUCUUUUAUUCUCUUCACUCUGGUAUGAACGAUUUAUCCGUGCCUUCAUGGGCUGGAAGUCCACAAGAGUUCAUAGAGGUUCAUCGAGAUGCACUUGAGAGUGGACGAGUUUCACGUGAUAUUCAUAAUUGGAUUGAUAUCACCUUUGGAUAUAAAAUGUCUGGUCAGCCAGCCAUAGCAGCCAAGAAUGUUAUGUUGCCUUCUUCACAGCCCACAAUGCCAAGGCCAGUAGGGCGUCGUCAGCUCUUCACUCAACCACACCCUGCUCGCCGGAGCAAUACCAAGAGAUUCAAAGAAAAUGCUGUUGUUGGGAAUGUUGUCUCUUUGUUUCCAGAGAACUUAAUUGAUUGUGAGAAGCCUUCAUUUGACGGAACUGAUUACUUAAGAAAAAUUGAAGCUGCUGCUGCAUUUUGCCAACAUUCAAGGCAUUUAAGUCCCGUUUAUUCCGAAGAUAAUGGGAAGAGUUUCUCUGUUAAUCAAGAGCUAUCUUAUCAGAAUAGUGAGGGCCAUGCAAGUCAAGCAACUGACGAAAGAUCCUACUUUAGUAUGUUUUCUGAUGUUGAUUCCAAUAUUCUUAUCGAGUAUCUUGAGGAGGAAGAAAAUUCUGAUGGAUAUCAAGAUCUUUUGCUUUGGGCUCAGCAAUCUUCUUAUCAGGGAAAACUCUCUACAUGUAUGGCAAAGGACAUCUUUUCUUUGGGCUGCAUCGUAGCUGAGCUAUACUUGAGGAAACCUCUUUUUGAUUCAAUUUCUUUAUCCACAUACAUGGAUGGUGGUGCUUUGCCUUUAAUGGUAAAAGAGCUUCCUCCUCAUGUGAAAGUUUUUGUUGAAGCUUGCAUUCAGAAGAACUGGAGGAGGAGGCCUUCCACAAAGGGUCUUCUGGAAUCACCAUAUUUUCCAGCAACUAUCAAGUCUGCAUACGUAUUUAUUGCCCCCCUUCAGCUACUGGCAAAGGAUAGUUCUCGUCUCUGUUAUGCAGCUAACUUGGCAAGAAAAGGUGCCUUGAGAGCCAUGGGAACUUUUUCUGCUAAAAUAUGUGCUAUUUAUUGCUUACCACUACUACAGAACACUUUAUCAGAUAUAGAGGCUGAGUGGGGUUACAUACUUCUAAAAGAAUUUUUAAAAUGCCUGAAACCUGUAGCUGUCAAGAACCUGGUUUUGCCUUCAAUUCAGAAGAUAUUACAGGCUACAGGCUAUUCACACUUGAAAGUUUCUCUUCUGCAAGAUUCAUUUGUGCGUGAGGUGUGGAAUCAUGUCGGAAAGCAAAUAUAUCUUGAAACAAUUCAUCCAUUGGUCAUAUCAAACUUGCUUAAUUCUCCUCAUAAAAGUUCUGCCUCUGCUGCAUCUGUACUAUUAAUUGGGUCCAGUGAAGAGCUUGGCGUACCGAUUGCCAUUCAUCAGACAGUAGUGCCUCUGAUAUAUUGUUUUGGCAAGGGACUUUGUGCUGAUGGAAUUGAUGCUCUUGUUAGAAUUGGUGCUGUCUUGGGUGAAAAUUUUGUUGUCUCACAGAUUGUACCAUUGCUAAAAACUGUUGUUCGUUCCUGUAUUGACACAUCUUCAACUAAUAAUCCAGAGCCUGUUCAGAGUUGGAACUCUUUAGCCCUUGUUGAUUGUCUCUUUGUCUUUAAUGGUCUAAUAGCAAUGUUGCAGAAAGAGGUGGUGGUCAAAGAGCUGCUUGAAGGCCAACGUUGCUUGUUUGUUGGGAUUCUUAUCGAAAGAAAUUUGGAACCACCAGUGCUUCAGGCUGCUGCUGCCUCUCUCAUCUCAGUCUGUCAGCAAAUUGGCCCAGACUUAACAGCUUUACAUGUGGUACCACAGCUGAAAGAGCUGUUUGAUGAGCUUGCUUUUUCUCAAGAGUCCUCUAGUGUACCUGGUUCUUUGGGAAAAGGCUAUAAGAUCUCCAAGCUUGAACCAGACAAGAAGGCUCAAAUUGAAAGUCGUAUGGAUCUUGUGUCGCUUUUAUAUCCUUCUCUUGCAACUCUUCUUGGCAUAGAAACAUUGCGACAAUGUUGUGCCACAUGGUUGCUUCUUGAAAAGCAUCUCCUCAGGCGCCACAACUGGAAGUGGGAAUUUACAGGAGAUUCAGCUAAGAGCAAUUCAGUAAACUUGGAUGAUCAUAAGGCCAUGAACAAAGGAAUUGCAAAGUCGAAGUAUAAUCCUACCAAGUUGCUAAUGAAUGGAGUUGGAUGGGCUGUACCACAAUCUCAGGGUAGUAAAUCAAGCAAUGAUAUGUUGCUUCAUAAGCGCCUUUAUGAAGGCCAUCAAAAUUCAAUUGAAAGGAACACAGAAACUUCCAAAGUUGGCAAAUGUGAUCCAUGGUUCUGGUUUCCUAGUCCCGCCUGUAGUUGGGAAGGCCCAGAUUUUCUUGCUCGUGCUGGUACUUUGAGAGAGGAACUUCCUUGGAAGAUCAAGGCAUCAGUAGUACACUCUGUCCGAGCUCAUCAUGGAGCUUUGAGGUGCUUGGCUGUGGACCAAGAUGAGUGUACUGUAUAUACAGCUGGAGUUGGUCCUGGUUUUAAGGGAAUGGUUCAAAGGUGGGAUAUGUCAACCGUUGACUGUGUGUCUGGAUACUACGGGCAUGAGGAGGUUGUGAAUGACAUUUGUAUCCUUCCUUCCAGUGGGAGGGUUGCUUCCUGUGAUGGAACCAUACAAGUUUGGAAUGGCCAGACUGGAAAAUUGUUCUCUGUAAUUGCUGAAUCAUCUGCAAAUCUGGCUCAAUCUUCAGCUCCUCCAUCUUCUUCAACCAGGAUCAAUACGGACCAAGCCAGUAUGCUGAACUCAUAUCCGAAUUCUAGUGGAAUAUUUAGCGGCAUUGAUGGGAAUCUUUAUACCUGCAUGCAUUUCUUAGAAUCUGUGGAGAAGCUUGUAGUUGGCACUGGAAAUGGUUCUCUCAGGUUCAUUGAUCCUGCAGUGGGUGAGAAACUUCAUAUGUGGAGCAGUGAAUCUGUGGAUUAUGGUUUCCCUUCCCUUGUAUCUACCAUAUGUUCAUGUGGCUCUGACAAAAGAGAAUUAUCUUCUUCACAUUCUUGGAUUGCUGUAGGACUAAGCUCUGGUAAUUGUAGGCUGCUUGAUGCCAGAAGUGGCAAUGUCAUUGCCUCCUGGCGUGCUCAUGAUGGAUAUGUUACAAAGCUGGCUGCUCCGGAGGAUCAUUUUCUUGUUUCCAGCUCACUGGACAAAACAUUACGAAUCUGGGACCUCAGAAAGAGUUUGCUACCAGUAGCUACUGUCUACAAAGGUCACAGUGAUAGUAUAGUGGAUUUUGCUGUUUGGGCCCAAGAUAUUGUUUCAAUUUCCAAAAAUAAAAUUGGACUUUCUUCUCUGACUGGAGCUGCUGAUGAAUAUGGGCAGCAUCGUAUUGUUCGUCAGGCACUGUAUACAGCAGACAGAGGAUCCAGAAACAUGUCUGUUUUAUCAAGCAUAGCUAUUCUUCCGUUUUCACGAUUGUUUCUCGUUGGAACAGAAGACGGUCAGCUCAAAAUUUGUUGUUGAAGAAAUGGUUUUGAUGGUUAUUUUCACUUAAAUUAUACAACAUUGAGAGCAUGAGUUUUGCAUUGUGGAAAGAACCACGUGAUUGAUCGAGAUUCUUUCCCGAAACUUGAUGGUGUAGACACGGAGAGUAACGAAAAAGGUUUUGUGGUACAACUUCCUUCUCGGCUGUUUAUCAUAGUAUUCCUCUUUGCAGAUACACACCAAUACUAUAGUUGGGAUUUUUUAGGGUGAGGACAACAAUUGUUUCAUUUGAUUGUUUUGUACGUUUACUAAAGUUAGAUUUAGCAUGUAAAUAACUCGUAGUCUAUAGUUUAUACGUCGACGGGUGAUGUAAAAACAACUAGUUGCUGCCUUAUUUGCCUAUAUCAUUGGGCAUCCCGCCAUAUCGGAGAAAUUUCGUAUUGUGCCACAUCGUGCCUAUUCCACCACGAAUGUAGCCCAUGGCCUUAGGCUACAUUGUGAUGUGUCUCUUGCAGUCGUGCUAUCAUUGGGCAGCACGCCAUAUCAGAGAAAUUCCGUAUUGUGCCUCUUGCACCAAGAAUGUAGCCCAUGGCCUUAACCGGCUACAUUGUGAUGUGCCUCUUGCAGUUGUGCUAUCAUUGGGCAUCGCGCCAUAUCAGAGAAAUUUCGUAUUGUGCCACGUCGCGCCUAUUCCAUCAAGAAUGAAGCCCAUGGCCUUAGCCUGCUACAUUGUGAUGUAUCUCUUGUAAUCAUGCUUGCCCAACUCUUUCCUUUUUUUUUUUUGUUUUUUUAAAAAAUUGAAUCGAGUCGUAGACCAAACAUGUACUUGUAUUUUGAUUUGGCUGUUUUUUUAAUUAAAGUUGUAUAAUUUUUAAUUUUGA